GCCGCCGCCGCCGCCGCCGGCCCGUUCCUCGCCGCCGCCGGGACCCACUCCCGCCGCAGCCCAGCUUCCUCCACGGCCCGUCUGCCCUCUGCCCUCUGCCGCAGCCGGGACAACGGGAAGCCGCCGCCGCGCCCCUCUGCACCGGCUGCCCACGGCGCCUCCGUCCCGAAGCUGCAGAUCAUCCAGUGCUCCACUCCUCCACGGUUAAGAUGACUUGUGCAUAGAUCGAGCUUCAGUCUGAUGGAUUCUGACGACAAGAAGUUUGGCAAAGGACCUAGGGAGCUCACUGGUGCUGUUGAUUUAAUAAGUCAGUACAAAUUGGAGCUGCACCAUGAUUUCUUUUGCAAGAGGCCUUUGCCACUUGCAAUCUCAGAUACACAUUACCUUCACAAUGUAGUGGGGGACACUGAAAUUCGGAAAGGAGAAGGAAUGGAGCUAGAUCAACUCGUUCAGAAUGCAUACUUAAGGGAUAAGCCUGCUUCUAUUAAGCCCUUUGAUAUGGAAACACUGGGGCAAGCAUUUCAGCUUCGAGAAACUGCUCCAGUAGAUUUACCCUCUGCUGAAAAAGGUAUACCUACCAUUUCGGGCAAACCGAAAAGUGAGUCCAAGGACAAAGAGAAAAAACAUAAAAAGCACAAAGACAAAGAUAAGGACAGGGAGCAUAAGAAGCACAAACAUCGACAUAAGGAUCGGUCUAAAGACAAAGACAAGGACAAGGAUAGGAAAAAGGAUAAGCAUCAUGAGAAGAAGAGGAAGCAUGAGGUGACGGAGGAUUCGGCAGACGUGCAUAAGCACAAAAAAAGCAAGGUGAUAUACAAUUAUUAUUUGCUUCCUGGUACAACAAAUUUCCUUGCAGCACAUUUUGUUGGUUUGUUAACAUGACUUACCUAUGGCAGCAUAAGAGUUCCAAAACCGAUGAGAUGGGUAAUGGACUUAGUUAGCUACAGGUUUCUUCUUACUUCUGUUGUCAAUCAAUGUCAUAUUCUGUUAGGAGGCUCAAAAGAUUUCUGUCACCAGACCCGCUGCAGAUCAAUUGGUACGUGCUUCUUGAACUUUUAUUUGCUGUUGGGUAGAUGCAUAAAUUGAUUAUUUUGUAUUGCUUUACUUAAUUCUUUGUCUUUCGGUGAAACAUGAAUUCAAAUGUUUCAGAUUUAAGCUGCAUAGUGAGCUUGUGUUUUUAAGUCAACCUAGAUUUUAUUUUAUUAUUUGGAGCCUAAAUGAUGAAUAUUUUAACCUUUGGUGAAUUAUUUAUUACUCAUUCAAGAGAAUAAGAUUUGCCUUUUGCCUGACUUUGUAAAUAUUAGUCUCAUUUGAUUUUAUCUGCAUCUGUACAGUAUGUGAUGUUAGGGACGGUUGCCCUGACAUUACUUUAUGUCCACUGUCAGUUUUAGACCUGGGCCAAUUUCUAGUGGUAUCUCUAGUGGUAUCUUUAUGAUUGGCAUCUCUAGUGGUAUUAAUAUAUCAGUUAUGAUGGGCCUGCUGACUUUCUAUACUAUAUGGCAUGAUCUGGUUAGGCCUGACUUGCAUCAUAAAUUCAUAAUGCUGUCACUAAUCGUAUACGGUUUGGUGAUUAAUUGGAACACAAUGAACUAUUAAAAAAGAUCACUGGCAGUUUACUCUUAGUGAUGUUUCUUUCGAAAUCGUCGUAUGCCAUUUGCAACUCUUUAACGUCUGCACCUUGUAUACUCUUCACAAUUAUUGUCCAUUUCAAAUAAGACAUGGAAAACACUGCCAGAUGAACACCAAUGGGGAGAAACAUUGGCAAACAAUAGGCUUUUGUUUGCAUCUGUGAUAAUCCACGACUCUUAACUCUUACUUUUAUGUGGGUGAUGCAGAUAUCAUGAAUGACAGUUUAUUUGAAGGUGCUUCAGAUGAAUGUCUUGCCUGCUGCUAAUUAUGUUGUUCUUGCAGUGUGGACCAUGUGAAAAAUGUAACUUGUAACAAAGGGACAAUCCAACUGUAUUUUGCAACCUUUUGUCCCUCGCUGACUAAUGGGUUACCUUGAACAUUUAGAUAGGACUUCUAAAGAGAUUUGAGUAGGUGUUUUUGGUGAGAUAAUUUUUAAGACUAGGGUCAGUUAACAAUUUCAUUUAGAUUGAACUUUUAAUGAGAUUAGUUUAAAAGAUUAGGACAUGGUAUAGGUGUCUUUAGCAGUCCAUUCUGUUAACCAGGCCUGUGAUAAAAUAGUUGAUGUAGCAUGAGAUAAUGGUAAAAAUAUGUAUUGUAAUGAUAUGGAAAUGAAGCUUCAUUCCUCGUGCUGAUGAGGAAAGUAGUUAAUUCACCACCGACUGGACUUGUUUCGAAGUGAAAGUAAUCAAGUUAAUUUGUAUUGUUA